CGUUUUGAUGUAGGGUUUUCAAUCUGAAGCCUAAGCAUAUAAGCAGCCGUAGACGUUCUUGUGUUUCUUUCGCUCGCUUUCUUUCGUUGCCGACUCUCUCGCAACUCGUCUCUUCCCUAAAGCAAUUUAUCGAGUCUGCUCUCUUCUGCUCUCAUUCGUUGCUCGCCUGCUCUCUUAUUCUAGGCUUUACUGUAAUCUUGAGCAAAUACCAAAUCUCUCUUCUUUUUCUCUCGAUUCGAAUCCAAGUUCACCCAAUCAGGUCCCCAACGGUUCUUUGUGGUUAGGUUUUAUUGGAUUUGGAUGGGUACCGAGAGGAAAAGGAAGGUGAGUUUGUUUGAUGUGGUGGAUGAAACAUCCAUCUCAGCGAAGAUAGGGAAAACCAACGGCGGAGGAGUAGCAGCGAUAACGAUGAUGAACAACAAUGGAAACAACAGUUUGGUAAAUCGUUGGACUGGGAGGCCAUACUCUCAAAGGUACUUGGAAAUAUUGGAGAAGAGGAAGACUCUACCAGUUUGGCACCAAAAGGAGGAGUUCUUGAUGGCGUUAAAGAAGCAUCAGGUCCUUGUUCUUGUCGGUGAGACUGGUAGUGGCAAAACUACUCAGAUUCCCCAGUUUGUUUUGGAAGCUGUAGAUAUAGAAUCACCAGAUAAGCGUAGGAAGAUGAUGAUUGGAUGCACCCAACCUCGUAGAGUGGCUGCAAUGUCUGUUUCUCGGCGUGUUGCUGAGGAGAUGGAUGUGACUAUUGGAGAAGAGGUCGGUUAUAGCAUCCGUUUUGAAGACUGUAGCAGCGCGAAAACGGUUUUGAAGUACCUAACAGAUGGUAUGCUUUUAAGAGAAGCAAUGACUGAUCCACUUUUGGAACGAUAUAAAGUAAUAAUCCUUGAUGAAGCUCAUGAAAGAACUUUGGCAACAGAUGUGUUGUUUGGGCUACUUAAAGAAGUUUUAAGAAAUAGACCUGAUCUGAAGCUUGUUGUUAUGAGUGCAACACUAGAGGCUGAGAAGUUUCAAGGUUAUUUCAACGAUGCACCUCUGAUGAGGGUUCCUGGUAGACUUCAUCCAGUGGAGAUUUUCUACACCCAAGAACCUGAAAGGGACUACCUUGAGGCAGCAAUUAGGACAGUUGUCCAGAUACACAUGUAUGAACCAUUGGGGGACAUACUUGUUUUUCUCACAGGUGAGGAGGAGAUAGAAGAUGCAUGUCGUAAAAUAACAAAAGAAGUUGGAAAUAUGGGGGAUCAGGUAGGGCCUGUGAAAGUAGUGCCUCUGUAUUCAACUCUUCCACCUGCCAUGCAGCAGAAAAUUUUUGAACCUGCUCCACCUCCCCUGACAGAGGGUGGCCCUGCUGGUAGGAAGAUUGUUGUGUCAACAAACAUAGCAGAAACUUCUUUGACCAUAGAUGGCAUUGUUUAUGUCAUUGACCCAGGCUUUGCCAAGCAAAAGGUUUAUAAUCCAAGAGUGCGUGUUGAAUCCCUGUUGGUUUCCCCAAUAUCAAAGGCAAGCGCUCACCAGAGGUCGGGGCGUGCUGGUAGAACUCAGCCAGGGAAAUGUUUCAGACUUUACACGGAGAAAAGUUUUCAGCAAGAUCUUCAGCCUCAGACAUACCCUGAAAUACUGCGAUCAAAUCUUGCAAAUACAGUUCUAACACUGAAGAAACUUGGAAUUGAUGAUUUGGUGCAUUUUGAUUUUAUGGACCCUCCCGCUCCUGAAACUUUGAUGCGAGCGCUAGAAAUGCUAAAUUAUUUGGGAGCUUUAGAUGAUGAUGGAAACUUGACAAAGUUGGGGGAGAUCAUGAGUGAGUUUCCCUUGGAUCCUCAGAUGUCAAAGAUGCUGGUUGUGAGUCCUGAAUUCAAUUGUUCAAAUGAGAUUCUCUCAAUUUCUGCAAUGCUUUCAGAUAGUUGCAGUUUCUCAGUAUUAUCUCAUCUCAUGAAGUAAAUGGUGUCGUCUCGCCUGUAUGCAUCUGCUGACCUACAAUGGGCCUCUUCUGUGAUAACCAAAUUCUUUCUUUAGUACCAAAUUGCUUUGUCCGCCCUAGGGAGGCUCAAAAGGCUGCUGAUGAAGCAAAAGCUAGGUUUGGGCACAUAGAUGGAGAUCACCUGACGCUGUUGAAUGUAUACCAUGCAUACAA